AUGAGCCACGUCACGUCUUUCACCGUUCAUGAUAGUGAGGUGAAUGAUACUCAGGAAUCGGAUCGAAAAGAACCCGUGUCAGCUCCUACGGAUGAUGAUAAAAGAUUACUUAGAAAGAUUGACUUGUACCGUAUUGUGGAUAAAGCUACAUUAAAUUCAUCUUCGAUCUUAGGAUUGAACCGAUCUUUGAAAUUGUCUGCAGAAGAGUAUAAUUGGCUUGGGACUAUCUUUUUUGUUUCUUUUCUAAUCUUUCAGUUUCCACAAAACUUGGCUUUAAAGAGAUUCCCAACGGGGAUUUGGAUAGGAUUAAAUUGUCUGAUCUGGUCAAUUUCAAUAGGUGCACAAGCUGCUUGUAAGAAUUUUACUCAGAUCUUGGUUUGUAGAUUCAUCUUAGGUGCUUGUGAAGGUUGUGUGACACCUGGGUUUAUGCGGAUCACCGGAUUAUUUUAUACACACAAGGAGCAAAGUACAAGAACCGCUUACUGGUUUUUCAUGUCUGGAGUUUCUCAAAUCCUGAGUGGUCUAAUGAGUUAUGGAGUUCUACACAUCAAAAGCAAAUUAACGCUUUGGAAGCUUUACUUUAUCAUAACCUCAUCUCUCACAUUCGUCAUAUCUAUCUUAAUCAUAAUCUUUUUUCCUAGUUCACCAAAUACUUCUUGGUUUUUGACCAAAUCACAAAGAGAAAGAGCUAUUAAUCGAAUCAAAUCUAAUCAAUUAGGAGUUGAGGAGAAAUCGUUUGAUUUUGAUCAAGUUAAAGAAGCUUUUAUAGAUAUUAAAACAUGGAUUUGGUUCUUGUUUUGUAUCUCGGUUUCGAUUCCAAAUUCAUUGGGAAAUCAAGUAGCCAUCAUUGUAGUCUCUUUUGGUUAUACGAUUGAACAAACUACUCUUUUGAGUUGUUGUUUUGGUUUAGUUACUAUCGUAUCUAUGUUAAGUGCGGUGAAAUUGAUUGAUAAGACUCAAGGUUCCAGAGGUUUCAUAGGAGCUUGUUGGUAUUUACCAAGUAUCUUAGGAGCUAUUCUAGUGAUCACUUUACCAUGGAAUAAUAGGAUUGGAUUACUCGCUUCGAUCUUUUUGGCUAGUUUGUCUUCUACUCCUUUUGUGAUUAGUCUUGGUUGGAUUAACUCGACUACUGCAGGUCACACAAAAAGAUCUGUAGUUCAAGCAAUCGUUCUGAUUGGUUAUUCGAUUGGUAAUAUUCUAGGACCUCAAAUGUGGAAAGAAAGUUAUAAACCCAAAAAUCAAAUCCCAUGGAUCAUCAUCAUCAUUUGUUUUGGAAUUUGUUUUUUAAUCUUAAUUGGAAUGAGUGAAUAUCUUAAGUAUCAAAACUUGAUGAAACUUUCGAAACCUGGUAAUGUUGGAGGAGGUUUUAAUUCAAAAUCAAUUGCGAAUGAUGAAAUCAUGAAAGAUUUAACUGAUCUUCAAAAUCCUGGAUUUCUUUAUGUUCAUUGA